AUGUUCAGCAACGGCAACUCUCUUAUUGGCUCCAGCCUCAAUGCUAUCUUGAAGAAAGACUCUUGGGUCCCUACUCGUAACGCUUUCUCGAAACUAGACACGCCGAAAACUCCCUUCAACCUCUUCAGCAUGUUCGUUCCAGACCUUUUACAUGAAAUUGAACUAGGUGUUGCUAAAAGUAUUAUUACGAAUUUGAUCAGCGGUUUCGCCAAAUUCCUACCUUCGGUCGUUGCUACCAUUCGCUCGUUCAGCCAUAAUGUGUCAGAACUCAAAUACGCUGCCGCCCGUGACUACGAAGACAUCCUUCAAUGUAUUCUGCCGGUUCUUGAAGGACUUUUCCCGUCGCAUCAAAGCCUGGUCGAUCAGUUGUGCUUCGAGCUUGCACUCUGGCAUGGUUACGCCAAGCUCCGCAUGCACACGACCUCGUCAAUCGAAUCUUUUCGCGCUGCUACUACGACUCUCUGUUCGACUAUUCGACGCUUUGCUCGGGAAACAGCCGACAUCAAAACUUUUGAGCUACCCCGAGAAGAACGCCGGAGAACAAAAAAGAAAGCCCCAUCCACCAGCCCAACACAUGUGGUUGACGGGUCAGCCGCUGGGGUGUCGACGCAGUCAUCAACAGUGCCUUCAUCAACCCGUCCUCCAGCAACCAAGAGAGGCCCGGGGAAGCAGAGAACUAAAAAGCUCGAAAAGCCCUUCAAUCUGAUUACCUAUAAACUACACGCCCUUCCCGACUAUCCUGAUGCCAUUCUGCGCUUCGGAACCACCGACUCUACCUCGACACAGAACGUGAAUAGUUGCCACAUUCUCAUGGGAAGAUUUGACAGUUUACCUAGGCGCACCAACAAACGCAACCAUGUCGGUCAAAUUGCUGCUCAUGAACGACGGAGGAGACUGAUGCGAACGAUGUGGGAGAACAGAAAACGCUUCAAAUCAGCAGGAAGCAAACCAGUCGCGCCAGCGGCAACAACCGUCAAACACAUUUCGCGGGCACGUUCCAAGCGUCAACGAAGGCUCCAAGUGGCAUUGCAUCCAGAGGCUAACCCCCGGUAUUCUGCUUACAUUCCCCCAGAGCAGCAUCAUUACAUCUCCAAUUCAACGCGAACGUUUUGGCACCUAGCAGACAUUAUGGGUGAUUCCACCGAGAGCGAAGAUGAAGGCGAUGGCCCGCCCAUUAAUCGCAUGGAAAUUGAUCCCCCAGAACAGGACCCUGUUCUCAAGGAUUUUGUCCGCCAUCUCAAGUCGCAUCUCCGCCAGCGCCUUCUGAACCUUGAGGACAAUGACAUCGACACACAAUUCAACGACGAGGAACUUAUCAGCAUUGUAAUCCAAGGGGACCUCAUCUACACCCACGCAACUCUGCGUGUCAACUACACCACGUACGAUGUUCAACGUGAUCAAGAUGUUCUCAAUCCCCGGACACGCAAAUUUCUUAUCGUUCACGCACAAGACCCCGAGGACCAUCACCGAUACUGGUAUGGCGAGUUACUGGGCAUAUUCCAUUGUUAUGCCGUUCUGGCCGACCAGCCAAGAAAGGCUGAACGUAUGGAAUUCCUAUGGGUCCGAUGGUUGCAAAGAGACAUUAGCUAUCCAUGUGGCUUCCGGGAAAAACGUUUGCCACGUCUCUCCUACAUGCCUUUCCAAAGUCCUGAUGCUUUCGGCUUUCUCGAUCCGCGCGAUGUCGUUCGAGGUGCUCAUCUCAUACCCGCGUUUCACCAUGGACGGACACGCGACUAUCUUCCAAAAUCUGCGAUUCUCCGAAGGACAGAGCAUGACGAAGAUUGGAAAUACUAUUAUUCUAAUAUGGUCGUUGAUCGAGAUAUGCUAAUGCGAUACCAUACCAACGCCAUCGGCCAUCGGAAGGUUGCUGCUAGGUUCCGAGACGAAAGUGACGAUCUCGAAGCGACCGCUGCAGCUGAGGAUGUCGAGAUGGAGGACAUCAAUGAAGAAAGGCAACUUGAAGCGCCCUCAAUGGAGGAUGAUGAUACGGAGGGAGAGGAGGGUGCUGAUCUUGAGUACGUGGAUGGGCAAAGCGGUUCAGACUCCGAGUCGGAUUCAACUCAAGGUAGUGAUGAUGACGCUUCUUUACAUGGCGAUGAAGCUAUACGCGUUAGCCUUGGCUUUGACAAUAGUAGUUGA